ACUAAUAUCGGAGAAGCGGUCGGCGAACGCAGUCCCCCGGAGAAUUGUAGCAAAAGCAGAGGAUCCGAUGGCGCUCUCGGCUUCGGUUCAGCGAGAGAGGCUGGCCCAGCUGCUAAAGGAAGACGGGAACUCGGUGUGUGCAGACUGCAGGGAGACCGGGCCCACUUGGGCCAGCACCAACCACGGAACCUUCAUCUGCACGCAGUGUGCCGGCGUCCACAGAUCACUUGGUGUACAGGACUCAUUCGUGUUGAGCUGCACGCUGGACACGUGGACAGAGAAACAGGUGGACCACAUGGAGGCCAACGGGAACCUCCGAGUCAACCAACUUCUCGAGUACUGUGUCCCCAAGGCCAUCGAGGUACCCUAUCUCUCCAAGACAGACAGGGACACGAGGGAGUACUUCAUCCGGGCCAAGUACGUACAGCAGCUGUUCAAGGGGGUGCCAGGCCGCUCCCCCCGUGCCCCCGAGAGGAUCGUGAGACAGGGCUCCAACAAUGCUGACAACGGGAAAUCCCCUCGCUCAAUGUCGGCCAUGGUAGAGUACAUCGGGAUAGUCACCAUCCAGCUCGUGGAGGGGAAGAACCUCAUCGUUAAGGACCUGACGUCGAGCGAUCCCUACUGUGUCCUGACCAUCGGGCUCCAGAGCCGGAAGAGCAAGAUCAAGUACAAGACGCUCAACCCGACGUACAACGAGAGCUUUGAUUUUUCGUGGAAUGGAGUGGACCAGCUGACCGUGGAGGUGUUUGACAAAGACGAACUGACCAAAGACGACCACAUGGGUAAGGCGGAGGUGUGUCUGGAGCCGUUGUUGCGGGAGAGCGGACUGGUCCUGCGAGACUGGUACACCAUCAGGCACAGGAAACACAAGGAUAGGGAACAGGGCCAGCUCCUAUUGGAGCUCACCUUUACCAAGAUCCAGUAGCAUUAUUCUUAAUGUGCCAGUUUAUAAUGUACAUAUAUAUGUCGUAGUUUUUUCACCAUCACUCACAGUGUGCCAAAUUAUUUAUAAAGGUGUAUAUAACUGCAAUCAUCAUAACUGUAUCUUCCUUUUGUCUUUUACAGGCAAUUGCAUGGUGCAAUACGCUGCUGUGUAUAACGUUGCUGUGUAUACACGCUUAUUUGAUUAGCUGUCUUGUGAACUGUAUAUAUGCUG